ACAGAAGGUGAAUAAUGCAGAUGAAGUCAAAGAAUGUAGAUCUAAUAGCUUUUUUACCUACCCAACCUGAACAAAUGGAUCUAAAAAAAAUAUCAGGGCAAUAUAAGAUUUUAUAAUCAUUCGAGCAGAGAAACGAGUGAUGAUCUGCGAUUGCCAAUGCCUGUUUCGGAUGUCAUGCACUAAAAAGCGCAAGGCUCUUACACCAAUUUUCUUGCGAGAACUGAGUUACACACUACACGACUACACGUUACUGGCACAGAUGCCCUUUAUACUGUGUCAAAGGCUGAAGACUAUAUCAUUCUGACCUGUAUUUUUCCAGUUUGGUGUUCAACAAAUAAAGUCUAAAACAUUUAAACUUUAAGAAUGUCAAUCUUUGUCUCCUAUUUUCUCAAAUCUAUGUGUCAUUGAGUUAGGCUUAAAACCCUGUCAUUCUUAAGAAGCGAACUGUGCCAGUUGAAGUUGAAGAAAAAGAAAACGAAGGGAUUUGGGAAAUUCCCGUGAGUCAAAACUUGCACCAUUGUGUGCGUCCACAGACCACCACGGUAUGUGCGACAGUUUAGAACACUUGUCCAGUGCUGAACCACAUUUUGUUGUAACCGUUUAAUGGCAUGUUCACGAAACCAAGACGAGACAGAAUCUUGCGAUAGCUGAAUAUUCAUAGGCCGAGAGGAGUGCGCUGGCAACAACUUGGAGCUGACAUCUGCCUAACAAAUACGUCGUCCUCGACAUGAAGAAAAUAGGAGGAGCCCCCGAGCCCCAACCCCAGGAGAAGGAGGAGACUAAAGAAGCCCCGCACCCUUACCGCACGCCGAGCUACUGGGCUCUCUUUGAGGCUAUAGCUCAGGGGGACGCGGAGGUGGUGAAGGAAGUGCUGGACAGCAAGACGGACCCCCAGGAACUGCUCAGGAAAAAGGACCUGCAAGGCCUGACACCCCUGAAAAAGUCGGUCGUGAUGAGCAAAGCUGAGAUCGCCAGACUGCUGGUUCUAUACGGAGCUGAGCCCAGUGUGAGAGAUCCAAUCGGUAAGACGGCUCUGCACACGGCGGCCACACAGGGGUCACGUGAUCUGAUGGCGCCGCUCCUGGUGUCCCCAGACUCCAGUGUGAACGUUCAGGACUCGUUCGGCUGGACGCCGCUUCACUACGCUGUCCGGGGCAAGCACAAACAGGCGGUGGACUGGCUGCUCUUUCUGGGAGCAGACGUCAACAUCAAGAACAAUGAAGACAAGACCCCUGUAGAGAUGUGCCCGGCAGACAGCCCCAUGAUGUCAGUGCUCACCACACUGGAGACUCGGGAUCCGGAGGAAGAGCCGCUGAUGUGUCAGCUGCCAGAGGGCAAGACAAGGGUCAAGGUUUACUUCACGGUCUUUGAGGAACUCAGUCACAGCGAGCUGGUCAUGAAGAUCACGUCCAAGAGACGCUACCUUGGCGAGGUGCCGGUCCUCAUGUCUACCUUCAGCAAACAGAGCUACACCAACUACCUGGCCUGCGCGGAUCUGGACUUGAAGAACGAGGGUCAGUACGUGCUGGUCAAGCGUCCGGUGGUGUCCAUCUUGUACAAGGACGUGAGUGGAGUACUGUCCACUCCGGAUCACCCCAUGUUUAUGAUCAAUGUCCCGGAGGGUGUGUUGCCGCUUUGUCCCGAGGACUGGGAGCAGACGAGACGGGACAGGGCCAGACAGGAAGCAGACGAUCUCAUGACGCCAUUGUUACAACAGUAUGCCGACCGAAUGAAUAACCUUGUGGAAGAGGAAGACGCAGACAACACAAAACCGGAGGAAGAGGGAGGAGGAGGAGGGGAGGAGGAAGAUACAACCUCCACAGCCGGUCAGCCGGGUACGGAGGAGGGCAAGAUGGAGAAGAAAAACACAGGAGAGAACAAGAAUGAGAAUAAGAACCCAGUCAAGGACACGAACGACAACAAGAAGCAGUCGGAGGCCAAUGUCAAGUCCGGGAAAGAUUCUUCCGCUGGCGAGAAGAAGGGCGGAGGAAAGCACAAGGAGGAGGAAGAGGUAGAGGAGGAGGAGGAAGAAGAAGUGGAAGAGUGCGUGAUGGUAGAGGGACGAGAGGCGGACAGGUGUGAGGAUUUCUAUUACAUCAGCCGAGGCUGGGGGGUGUACCUCAAGGUCCAGCCAACGAUCGACCCGAGCCUCCUCCUAGAGCAGCCGGAACCAGGUCAGAGUGAGGAGGUCAGCGUGUUCCACUGCUGCACGGCCUUCUACACCGUCACUCACAGCAGCGGCCAACACCCGACACAGGACUGUAUGCUGCAGAUGCCCAAGACGCCGGACUUCAAGAAGACGGGCACCGUACUCGUUUUUAUGAGGAAAAAUCUGGGUCCAGAUGAGCAAGAGUUUCCCGAUCCUGACGACCUGGCAGAGGAAACCUUCCUGGCGGAGGACGGUAAAAGCAGCAAGUACAUCGGAGUCCAGUUGACGGUUGGCUCAGACAAGUGGGAGCCCGAGCUAGCCGGGGACAGUUCUGACGACAGCUCUGGUGAUGACGACGACGAUGAUGACGAUGAUGAUGAAGGCGAUGAUGGGGAAGACGGGGAGGAUGGAGGCGAGGCGGAGGAUGGGGAAGGGGGGCAAGGGGAGGAUGGUGGGGAGGCAGAGGACGGAGAGGGAGGAGGAGAAGAAGGAGAUGAAGAUGAUGGCGAGAAAAAGAAAAAGAAAAAAAAGAAGCAUCACAAAAAGCACAGGAAGACGUUGGUUGAGGAAGAAGAGGAAGGAGGGGAUGGAGAGAAGGGGGAGAACGAUGAGCGUGAGAAGAAAGUCAAAAUCGCCGCCGAAGGAGAGAGUGACGACGACAGCGACUCAACCAGCUACAAUGACGACGACGACAACAACAAUAGCAGCAGCAACAACAACAAACACCAGAUCGACAACAACAACAGCGCCAACACCAAGCAGUCACUCACCCCGGCAACCGGUAGCGGCCGACACGCCCCCAAGGUAGAGGAGCCGCCCCCGGGGGAAGAGGAAGAGGAAGAGGAGGAGGGAGAGGACGACCCACUCACCUUCCUGGCUCCAGAACAGAGGACUCUCUACUUGGAACCACCUGCUUGUGGUGAUAUGUGCCUUUGUGAAGGCUAGACCAGACGGUGACAACAGCUUUGACCUAGUUCUGGAGAUGGUCCAGCAAUCGGACCUGGCGGUGAGGGCCGAGGUGUGGCUAGGCCUGGGCUACAAGAUGGUCACAAAGACGGACGAGUUCCCCUCCAAGUCGGGCAGGCUUUUCUGCUUGAACAUGGUCGGGACGGUCUUCAUAGACGGGCCCAAUGGAUGUCUGCCGGCCCAAGGCAGGUCUGGGCAAGAAGGCCCAGGGGAAGAAGAAGGACGAGAAGGCGGCGGAGGUCCUGCCUGACCUCACCGUGGAGAUAGAGGCCUUCCCGUGCAAGCGGGCCGGGUCAAGGGUCAACGGCAAGGACGUCGUCAAGUGGAAGAUCUACCUCAACACGCCAGACGUGUGGUAUGACAGUCAUGUGGCACUCAGGGAAAGGGAUGAUUGUGAAGCGCUGGUUCGUGGACAACAUGGACUCAAAUGACCGCGGCAUCCUCCGACUGCUGCAUGUGCUGGCCGUGCUAGAGCUCACAGAGGUCCUGGACAAGUGUAUCAGUCUGCUCAAGAUCUACAAAGUGGAGCUACAGUCGGAGCAGAAGAAGCCGCGGUACCUCAAAAUGCUCUUCCACUGGGUGCAGGAAACGAAGAUGACGGAGCGUAGUCUGAUGAGGCUGAUAGAGCCGGAUAUCCUGCAGCCUAUCUCCGACAUCUACCUGCUCCUGCUGGCUAACCUCCUGCCGGGAGACGCGACCUUCGACCUCGGGGCCAGCAUGGAGGUGGAGGAGAACGUGCUGUACACGGUGGAGAAUGAGGAAAACAUUAUGGACCCCAGCUACAAACCUUUCCGGGUGCUGGUCAAGUCCCGGCAGAAGAACGACGAGCCGAUCCACUACAUCAUGCUGCUGGUUGAGAUGGUUAAACAGUUGGAGCUGCCAGAGGCGCGUGCCUUUGUGGUCAAGGAGACGCGCAAAUG